AUGGAGCCGUACGAAGUCGAGCCUUCCACCGAGUGUAUCAUGAGCGUCGAAGAGCUCUACCAGCACUCCGACCCAGCGACACGUGGCGUGAUUUACAAGACAAAGCGGGAGGGUGGCGUCGCGGUCGGCGGCGUGUUGCAGCCCGACGACACAGCAGAACCGCUCGACCAGCUCAUCACACCCGAAGAACUUCACGCCGCCAUCAAGACGCUCCACAACAACCGUGCCUGCGGCCCCGACAACAUGCCGGCCGAAAUCCUCAAGGCCGUUGCCGACCUCGUCGCCAUGCCGCUCGCCCAACUGCUCAACGAAGCUACUGCGCGCGAUUUCCUCGCCUCUUUGGGCUACAUGAACGACACACGCAGUUUCCACAUUGUCGAUAUCCGCGGCAAGUGGACGACCAAGUACGCAGUUGAGCGUAGCGACGAAGACAAACUGCAACUGCACCGCGUGCAGGACCAGCACGGUGUCAUUCACUUGUAG